GCUCAUUAUAUCGGGGCAAGAGCUCUGAUUAACGACACACGUGUGAGUGGAUUAUUCUGAUUAGAAAAACAGCUUUAAUGUCUAAGAGAUUGAGCGGCGAGCAUAUGUAAUGCUAGUUUAGGGUGAAGUUGACUGAAUCGUAUGUCGAAUUGACCGGAAAGACGAUAGUCCUCAAUAGCAUGACCCCUGUUUCUGGUAUAUAUCGUGUUUCUUUUGGCGUCUUCGGGUCAUUUCAACAAGAGCUCUGACGACAGAACCCACAAGACUCGCGUGAAGUAUCUACAAAAACGCAGGAAGACUUUAACAGAACGAUAAGUCACAAAAUGGAAAUCAAGGUCUAGAAAGCAUUGUCCUUGGGGUGUAUUUUUUAAAGCAAGGUCACAGAAAAGAGAUUAAUAGGGGCCAAAGAGGCCGAAAGAAGAAAAAGGAUUGGUUUAAGUGCACUACUUUGUUGAUAGCACGGAAGAGAAGUUGUUACUGGAGUAACCAUGGGUUGCGGAAGCUCUGUAGUUACGCAAGGGAAAAUGCCGCAUCUGAGCGGACUAAAACUCGAAUGCGACAUGACAUACGAGCAGAAAUAUCUUAUACGAGAAACGUGGAAAUUCUUGGAAGUCUCAAAAAAGGAAAUUGGAGUGUCAGUCUAUAAAAGAUUUUUGAACAUGCAUCCAGGUCUACAGACGUAUUUCAGUGAAUUCAAACACAUCAAAAUCGAUAACAUUAACGGAAGUCACGGCCACCCGAGGCGGCUGCUAAUGGCGAUAGAUAAUGCCGUUACUGCUCUAGGCGAUUCAGACAGUUUCUCCGCAUACCUAGUAGAACUGGGAAGGAGACACCACGGCAUGAACUUCCGGCCUGGCCCGACACAUUUCAACGACUUGCGCAAGUGUUUCCUGUCCGUUAUUAAAGAAAUCCUUGCCACGGCCUCCCUAUGGGAUUUCCAAGUUGAGGAGGCCUGGAACAGACUUUUCGAUUCUAUAACUGCCAUGAUGCUAAGGGGAAUACAGCUGGCUAAAGUGUGACGCUGUGAUUAUGUGUUUUAGUGAUAUAUUGGGCCUGUAAGAUGCUUUAUUUAUCUAUCUACUUACUCCGCACGGGGAAUUUGGGAUCACGUUUCAGGCGAUACGUUACACCAGAAGAGAACACGAUAGAUACAUGAUAACAAUGUUUCGGAUCCACGACGCCGGCAAAAGGACGCUGCCUUAAGGCGUUGUUAAAGGAGACAUGCAGCGUGCGAUAUUUGUCUUAGUUUAGCCAACUCGAAAUUCAUUGUAGCGCGCUACAAGUUUUUGGUUGUUGCUAAAGUAGGAGACAUUUAGAAGACAUGUCGCACGCUACAUGAUUUUAGUAGUGGCUAAAAUAGGAAACAUCAAGGAGACAUGUCGCACGCUACAUGAUUUUGGUAGUGGCUAAAAUAGGAAACAUCAAGGAGACAUGUUGCACGCUACAUGAUUUUAGUAGUGGCUAAAAUAGGAAACAUCAAGGAGACAUGUCGCACGCUACAUGAUUUUAGUAGUGGCUAAAAUAGGAAACAUCAAGGAGACAUGUUGCACGCUACAUGAUUUUAGUAGUGGCUAAAAUAGGAAACAUCAAGGAGACAUGUUGCACGCUACAUGAUUUUAGUAGUGGCUAAAAUAGGAAACAUCAAGGAGACAUGUCGCACGCUACAUGAUUUUAGUAGUGGCUAAAAUAGGAAACAUCAAGGAGACAUGUUGCACGCUACAUGAUUUUGGUAGUGGCUAAAAUAGGAAACAUCAAGGAGACAUGUCGCACGCUACAUGAUUUUAGUAGUGGCUAAAAUAGGAAACAUCAAGGAGACAUGUUGCACGCUACAUGAUUUUGGUGGUGGCUAAAAUAGGAAACAUCAAGGAGACAUGUUGCACGCUACAUGAUUUUAGUAGUGGCUAAAAUAGGAAACAUCAAGGAGACAUGUUGCACGCUACAUGAUUUUAGUAGUGGCUAAAAUAGGAAACAUCAAGGAGACAUGUUGCACGCUACAUGAUUUUGGUAGUGGCUAAAAUAGGAAACAUCAAGGAGACAUGUCGCACGCUACAUGAUUUUAGUAGUGGCUAAAAUAGGAAACAUCAAGGAGACAUGUUGCACGCUACAUGAUUUUGGUACUGGCUAAAAUAGGAAACAUCAAGGAGACAUGUUGCACGCUACAUGAUUUUAGUAGUGGCUAAAAUAGGAAACAUCAAGGAGACAUGUUGCACGCUACAUGAUUUUGGUGGUGGCUAAAAUAGGAAACAUCAAGGAGACAUGUCGCACGCUACAUGAUUUUAGUAGUGGCUAAAAUAGGAAACAUCAAGGAGACAUGUUGCACGCUACAUGAUUUUGGUAGUGGCUAAAAUAGGAAACAUCAAGGAGACAUGUUGCACGCUACAUGAUUUUAGUAGUGGCUAAAAUAGGAAACAUCAAGGAGACAUGUUGCACGCUACAUGAUUUUGGUGGUGGCUAAAAUAGGAAACAUCAAGGAGACAUGUUGCACGCUACAUGAUUUUAGUAGUGGC